UCCUGAAGGACCGUCUUCCUCAGCGCUCAGAUCAAACAGCCGUCAGAGCUCCGCACACACGUUUGUCACGUCCUCUUCUUUUUGCUCUUUUCUUUUCCAUCAUGGAUUCUCCCGGAACUCGCGCCCUCUUCUUCGCCGGAUAAACUUUGAAUUUAACUCAUAUCAUGGGAAUAUAUUGCCUGUGCGCGCGGCCCCGCGGAGCUACACAGCUUUAAUGGAAACUAUGUCACCGCAUCAGGGGACCAUGGGGCAGAACAGGUCCGAGUCUUUGACGGGGGAGAGUAAGCCGACUCCCGACAACAAAAAGAAAAUGAAGACCCUGGCUCAGAGACGGCAGUCAGCACCUUCGCUAGUCAUCAGCAAAGCACUUACAAGAUCGAGAAGCGCAUCCAGGGAAAGCUGCCUGACGCCAGUCAGCCCGGAGUCAUGUCCCCUCGUCCAGGCCUUCCUGGCUGAGUGUCCAGGCCGCUUACUCUUGGGUCACGCCCAAACGCAGUUAAAGACCGGCCUGCAGACCCAAGAGAGACACCUCUUCCUCUUCACUGACACGCUGCUCGUCACCAAGGCCAAGUCUCCUACUCAUUUUAAAGUUAAGGCCCAAGUUCGAAUGUGUGAGAUGUGGACAGCUAACUGCAUGGACGAGGUGUGUGAGGGAAGCACAAACCCUGAGAAGAGCUUUGUUAUGGGCUGGCCCACUUGCAACUGUGUGGCCAUGUUCAGUUCUGAAGAGCUCAAGGACAAGUGGUUGGCGCUCAUCACCAGUCGGAUAAGUGAAGGAAAAGAGACAGACGAUCCAAAAACCAUUCCUCUGAAGAUAUUUGCCAAGGAUAUUGGAAAUUGUGCAUAUGCCAAAACGCUUGCAGUCAACAACACUGACAGCACCACUGAUGUCAUCCGCAUGGCUCUGCAGCAGUUUGGCAUAUCGGGCUGUGUAAAAGACCACCGGUUGUGGGUGAGUUCCUGUAAGGACGACCCUCCAUAUCCUCUCAUCGGCCACGAGUUUCCCUUCAGCAUUAAGAUGAGCCACAUUCGGGAUUGUGGGAGCGGUUCUGGAGGAGUGGGAGGAGUAGGGAGGGAUCCAAUCAGUCCCACAGACUGCCAAGGGGUGCUGCUGCUGGACCAGUGCCUCCCUCCAGACACUCAGUGCCAGUUUAUACUCAGACCCAACAAAGCUAUCCUCGGACCAUCACAGCUUAUAGAGCCUGGUCAGCAGAAGUCUUUCAAGAGGAAGAGGUCAUUGAUCAACUGGCCUUUCUGGAGAGGUUCCAGCACACAGCUGGAUGGCAUGCCUCUGUCCCCGACGCUGAUCUCCCCGACUCAGGGACGGCUGUUCGGGCGACCUCUGAGCUCCAUCUGCUCUCCAGAUCAAGGCCUCCCUAAGCCUGUUAUGGACAUGUUGGUGUUUCUGUACUUGGAAGGGUCAUACACCAGAGGCAUCUUCAGGCGGUCAGCAGGCGCAAAAGCCUGCCGGGAGUUCAGAGACAGGCUGGACAGUGGAACCGAGGAUCCAGAGAUCACACACCAGUCUGUGUUCGUCAUCGCCACUGUCCUCAAGGACUUCCUGCGGAACAUUCCUGGCAGCAUACUGUGUGUGGACCUGUAUGACCAGUGGAUGGAUGUGAUGGAGGGGGAAGGAGGCGAGGAGAGGGUGCCAGCGGUCCAGAGGUUGCUGGACCUCCUGCCCAGCGAGAAUCUGCUUCUGCUGCGACACGUGAUCGCUGUACUGCACUGUAUACAGGGCAGCGCCCACGACAACCAGAUGAACGCCUUCAAUCUGUCUGUCUGUAUUGCUCCCAGCAUGCUUUGGCCUCCAGCCCCAAGUUCCCCUGAAAUGGAGGGGGAGGCUACGAAAAAGGUGUGUGAACUUGUUCGCUUCCUCAUUGAGAACUGCAGCAGCGUCCUGGGCGACGUCACCUCGCUGUUCAGAGCCUACAGCCAGAAGAGCAGCAGCAGCGAUCAUGGAUCUGAUGUGUCGUCCUUUCAGAUGAACGACUCAUCCUAUGACAGUCUUGAGAACGAGCUGAACGAUGAUCCGGAGUCUCCCUACCAGGAACAGCUGCCACUUUGUGAUAAAGACAAGCCUGACAGCCGCAGCCGUGACUCUGUCAUCACCCUCAGCGAUGGUGACCCUGAUCCAGAUCCUGAUGCCGACCUCUUACUGCAGCUCCCCCCUCUGGCAAGACCGAGGAGGUUCAGCCCUGCAGUGCGGCAGCCUCGCACCCGCCAGAGCAACGGCUCAUCACAGGGUCCCAGGAGGCUAAGGAGGAGUUCAGAGCCUGCCUUGGCUUUAGCAAGCACACCGUCCUCAAACAACCUGGUGGUUCAUGCUGGGGAUCGCCACCUUCCUGUGAGGAAGGCGAGCUAUGAUGCUGCCAUGGAGGGGGAGAGGGAGGAGGAGAACGAGGUGUUUCUGGAGCAGGGCCUGGACAGGUUGCAGCUGAAAGAGGAGGAAAAAGAUGAGCGUGAAAAGAGAGGAGCCAAACUCCAGAAUGGCGGGCGGAGAAAGGUGAAGCACGCACCUCCACCUCCGCUGCGACUGGAUGCCAGCUGUUCCAGUCUGUCGUCACCAGCAACCUCACCAACGGGCUCCUCCCUCAGCUCUUUAGACUCCGCCUUCUCACAGUACUCCACUGACUAUGCAACGAAUGGAGCAGCCCUGCAGCAGUCACCCAGAAACUCCCCUCCUCAGAGGGAAGCUCUUCCUCAUUAUCAGCAAUCUGCCCAGCCCCCACGAACCAGCCAAACCACACACUCACACGGCCUCCACCCUAAUACGUGGCUUAAGAAGGAUCGUUGUCUGUCGCUAAGGCAACCUGAAAGUGGACGCACAGAGGACUUGCCUGUGGUAAAUGGAAAUUCUUACCCAACCAGUAAUGGCCACUCUGUUGCACUGGAAGCUGUGGGGAUGAAUCAGAACUGCCAGCAGAGAUCUAGCAGCCCUCCAUCCUACCAGCAGGCUCUACUGCAGCUGCAGCGCAACCGCUCUCCCUUCUACAGAGGGGCAGAAAAACCUCUGACAGUCAAAGAGCUGAGGCAGUUUAAUGUCCAGGCCAGCGUCUACAACAAACCCCUCAACCCAACCUCCCAUAACAACCCCACAACUCUGCUGGGAAGUGAGUGUGUGCAGCCUCCACAGGGUGUUUUCUAUGGACAGAGUGCCACUACUCUGGUUCUCCAGAGACCAAAAUCCCACUCUCUAACUCCGACUGUGGAAAGCCACAAAGGAAAAACUCUUCCCCGCCGAGCGUCCGAACCUGCCAAGGUCUCAGCAAACUCUGACCCGCCCAUGAGCCUCACCUUGGACAGGCCUAGUGUUUUUAAACGUCAGCUGCAAGACAGACUGAGAGUGUCAGACGUGGACCCCAACCACGGCAAGACGCACCUCUGCCUUUCUUCCUCUGCCACCCGUGCCGUAAGGGACUACUUUUCCUCACAGAGUCAGGCGGAUGCAGAUACCUGCCUCCAGAGGAGUCAGGAGGUGGCGCUCGCUAUCGUGCAAAGUAAGAAGGAGUGGCAGAGCAGGCGGUGCAGUGACCCACGACUGGAGGACUUUGAGCAGCUUUUUUUUGCGGAAGAGUCAUAUGUGUAAAUGAAAACUUUGUAUAGACAAAUUGUAAAUGGGAGGCCGACUUUUAUCUGAUAUGUUCAUUUGUUAUAAAACUGUUAUCUUUAUUGAUAUAUUCUGCCAUAUAAGUUUUUUUUUUUUUGUUGCCAGUUAGUGUAAUGGUACUUCAGAGACUAAAAUGGUACUGAUUUUCCCCUGUUUGCUGCAUAAUAAAUAGUGAUCAACAAAACUUUAGAGGUGGCUGCACCAAGAGCCCUUAAGUAAUUUAGAUCUCCAAAAUAAAAUGUUGGAAAACAGACAAAUUGGACAACUAAAUCUUUAAACUUAAGCUUUUUUUUUCCUUUUGUCAUUUUCUCUCUGACUGUAAUUUUGCAUCCUCAGCACAAGGAGACAUCCUGGUGGAGCUUUCCCCAAAAAAAAAAAACAAAACAGAGGACAAAGAAUCUUUUUAACUGUGGAAACUUGUAAAAUGUUUAUAAAAGUACAUUUUUACAUCUCCUAACGCCAGUAGAAAACACACAAGUGGCUUGUUAAAUGUCUUUAAAACAGUAAAACCAUUGAGCUCAAUCUGCUUGAAAAUGUAGACACCUGCAGUGUUUUCUUCAGUACUGCUGCGAGAGGAAAGUUGUAACAUAGAUGUUGUUGUACAUACUUAUUCCUUUAAGCCAGGGGUAUCCAGCACUGAUCCUCAAGGGCUGCAGUCCCACAGGUUUUAGACGUCUCCCUUCUCCAACACACCUCAUUCAAAUUUAUUAAAUGGCUUCUCAGAAGCUUGUUAUCUAGUUCUAGCCCAAGCAUGAUGACCCAUUAAUCUGAUUCAGAGGUGCUGCAGCAGGAAACAUCCAAAACUUGCUGGAGAGCAACCUUCGAGGACCGACUUUGACACCCUUGGCAACAUAUUUUUGUUUAAAGCCAUGUGCAUUUAUUACAUGAACUAUUCCUCUUUUACAGGUUGAAGUGUUUGUCUGAAUCAGUGAAUCAGUAGAGAUGGUAUUUAUUAUUUCGUUUUUACAUACACCUCCUAGAGUGUUGUUUUUAGAAGCUCUGGAUUGCGUCUGAGUGACUGGGCGUGGAUGGGAGGUUGUCGUGUGUGUUUGUGUGGAAGACAGCCAGAAAGUUGUUAAAUAUGAUGGGAUUUUCUUAGGGAAAAUUAUGAGAAGACCUAAAACAUUUUGCUGUUGGCGGACUUCAUUAUUUUCUUUAAGAAACUCUAUUAGUGUGUAUGUGUGUUUGUCUCCAAUAUUGUAUGUUUUGUCCAUAAUAUGAUCCUCUUUUUCAGUGAUGCUGACAUUGCAGUGUUUAUUCUUAGGCAACUUAAUAAAUGACCUUAUUUCACUGUGUAUUAAUCUAAUGAAAAGUACGAUUACUGAUUUAUUAGUAGCACAAUGAGUAAUAAACAGUGUUAUUUUGCAUAAUUUUUUUCACAGGAUAACACUAUAAAAAGGCCAUUGUCAUCUUAAAUGUUGCCUCAAAAAGUACUUUAUCCUCUUUUUAACUUGUAUAGUUCUGCAUAUUUAUAAUACAGAUAUAUAUAAAUAUAUAAUUAUAUGUUCUUGUUUCGUUGUAUGUUGUGUGAAAAAAUCUAAUGUGUAUUUUUGUACGUGCCAAUUCUGCUGCUGCUGUCUUUAACAGAAAGUAUAUUUGCUACCAAACGCACCCUUUGUAUAUUGUGUACAUCUGAAGUGUAAUGCUCACAAGAAGAAAAUCAUUGAUUUUUUAAUAAAUGUUCUUCUGAAAAUA